UUGUCCAGUAUCGGGUGAAGAGCUUGUCGCUUAAUUUGUACUACAGUUGCUUGCUUUAGAGAUAUAUCAGGUAUGAUUGGAAUGGCAGUUUAAUUCUGUAUUCUUGAUUAGAGCAUAUAAAAACUGUGAAUUUGGAGUCUAAUAUCUUUUAUUAUUAGUGCUGUUGUUAUUAUUGCGCUUGAAGACCCGCGGUAAUGGAUGGCGUUUGGAGAGGAUUCUGCACUCUUGUUCUCACAACACUCGCUUUUAAAGAAGUUGCUGGGCUCAGGAUCAGGAAUGAAGAGCUGAGAAAGUGUGUGCAGGUAAAUGAAGGACAAGUCAGCAGCAAGUUAACCCUGCAAGAGUGUAGAGCAGAUUCAGCUCUACAGCAGUGGGAGUGGGACGCUGUGACUCGCUCCCUCAGUAACCCACAGACGGGAGGCUGUUUAACUGCACCCCAGAUCCAGGAGCAUGAGAGUGUGUGGCUGCAAGCUUGCAGGUCCGCAGAGGAAGAUCGUGAGGGCCAGAACUGGAGCUGCUCUAAAAAAGGGCUCCUGACAUUACACGGCAAGGGUCUGCACCUGAGCGCACGGCAUGAUUCCUCCAAGGUUUUCCUGUCCAAAGACCGCGGGAAAGGCAGCAAGUGGAGGACACUGGCUAAUCAAAGGGUAUGCGAGGAGACAGACAGCACACAUCAUGGUCUGAAUGAGUUACAAGAGUCUCAGCAGACACUUCCAACUGGACCCCGAAUCCUCACUAAUGUUCGCUAUUGGCAUUGGAAUAAUGGCCUGCAGUCCACCGUGGUGACACUGACUUCAGAGGCAUCGCCUGAACCUCAAAGCAGCACUGAGCCUGGGGGACCUUCUGUAAAUGUUUUUACUACAGAUUACGGAACAAGCUGGAAAAUGACAAUGUUGCUUCUAAGCACCUUUGCCCUGUUACUUGGACUUGUAAUCCUCAUCCUUAACAUCUGUCAGAACAGGUGGAAGAAGACUGUUGUGGUGCUGAAAUCCUACACUCCAGCUGGAGAGGUCAGUCAACCAGGGUCUCCAGUGCCUAGUGAGAGAGCCCCUCUAACCCAACACCCCAUGAAACCUGCCAAGUCACCUUCCAUUCGACGAGGGGAGAUCCUUGUUGAGUGGAAAGAUGGAACAGUCACGCCACUGUUUGAAACUUACCUAACUGACUAACCUCCAUAUUUUGUUACAUUAAUGUUAUGUGGGAGCAAAAGGUUAGAAUGGAAACAUUACAUUUUCCUGUUGUGUUUUUGUGCUAAGAUUUUUUUGUGAAGAAAUAGGUGAGAUAAACUCAUGUAUCAUUCCCAAGCAAACGGACUGAACUGCAUUGGUGGUUUUAUUCUCAUAAGCAACAUGUGACAAAAAUCACAGAUAUCUGUGCUAUUGCAAACAGAAUGCCUUCCCUCAAUGCCAACCUUUAAAACAGAGGCUGGGUACUGAUCAAAGACAAUAUUCUGUUACAUGCCAAAAAAAUAUGUAUAUAACUUACAUCAGUCAAAUACAGUUCACAUCUUAAAGUAACAAAAUAUUUACUGUAUAAUUAACACUGCAAGCUCACCUGAACUGCAUUUGUCUGUGUGAAAUAGAGAAAAAUAGUAAUGCUGUUUCUUGGAAAACAAUAAUACAUUGAAAACUUGCCUUGUUAAAAACGCUAUAUUAUUAGAUUUAAAGGGUUAGUUCACCCAAAAAUGAAAAUCCUCUCAUGAUUUACUUACCUUUAAGCCAUCCCAGAUG